ACCGUAGGAAUUAACUCCAUAUUUUGUUAAGUUUGUAAACAAAAAUUAUUUAUAAUUUUGCCUUUUAAAUUCAUUGCAUAUCUGCAAUGUUUCCCUCAAAAAAAUAUUAUGAUUGCGAAAAAAUUAUAAAUUAGAGUUAACUACUAAUUAAAUUAAAUUCAAGAACUUAAUCAUUGAAAAAAAAAAUUUAAGACACUCAUACCAUUUACUCUUUUAAGUACAUAUAAAUAACAAAUAUUAAUGUACUGAUAAUACUUGAUUUGUUGUGAUUGUGGGAAUAUAAUUAUAUAUUUGGUUUAGGAAAAGUGUUUAUGUGUUGGUGGGAAAGAACACCAAGGCUGGUCAUAGUGGACUCAGAGCUAAUUAGAUUGAUAUUAGCAGACAAAAAUGGUGAGUUUGUAAAGCCACCGCAGAACCCUCUGGUGAAUAUUCUUCAAUUAGGGCUUCCAACCCUGGUUGGAGAACAAUGGUCCAAACGAAGAAGAAUAUUGGCCCCUGCUUUUCACCUUGAAAAGUUAAAAAGAAUGUUACCCGCAUUUUCGACAAGUUGUUGUAGCUUAAUUGAGCGGUGGAAAAAAUUAACUAACUUUCGAGAGUUGACAGAAGUAGAUGUAAUGCAAGAGUUUCAUAUUCUUACCGUUGAUGUUAUUUCUCGAACGGCUUUCGGAAGUUGUUACGAGGAGGGUAAAAAGAUAUUUGAAUUACAAAAACAACACUUUCCUUUAUUGUUUGAAGCCUAUUACAACACUUACAUUCCAGGCUUCAGAUUUGUACCUACAAAGAAGAACAGGAAAAGAUAUGAGUUGGACAAUAAAAUCAAAGCAAUAUUACACGAUCUAAUCAGAGAUAGAACACAAGCCAAGCAAACUGAAGAAAUGAAUUUAUUGGAUUUACUUCUACAAAACACCAAAUUAGGAAAUGAUAAUAUUGAUGAGAAUAAUUGUUUGAGUAUAAAUGAUGUGAUAGAGGAGUGCAAAUUAUUCUACAUAGCAGGGCAAGACACCUCAGCUAGUUUGCUGACGUGGACUAUGGUUUCCUUGUCAAUGCAUCCCAAUUGGCAAGAAAAGGCAAGAGAGGAAGUUCUCCAAUUGUGUGGAAUGAAAACCCCUACAUUUGAAGCUAUUAAUCAUCUUAAGAUUGUAUCGAUGAUAUUGAAUGAAGUUCUAAGGUUAUACCCACCAGCUAGUAUUCAAUCACGAUACACUAAACAAGAAACUAGGAUUGGAGGAAUGAAGAUUCCAGCAGGAGUUGAAUUAACCCUAUUGAUAGUUUCACUUCACCAUGAUCCUGAACACUGGGGCAAUGAUGCAGAAGAGUUCAAUCCAGAGAGGUUUUCUGAGGGCGUGGGUAAGUCAUCAAAGGCCUUCUACCCUUUUGGAUGGGGACCAAGAAUAUGUUUAGGUCAAAACUUUGCUAUGAUUGAAGCAAAAAUGGGUUUGGCUAUGAUUCUCCAAAACUUUUCAUUUCACCUUUCUCCUUCCUACAUUCAUUCUCCUCGAAAUGGAGUUACACUUCAACCGCAACAUGGAGUUCCCAUUAUAUUGCAUCCUUUAAAUAAUUAUUGAGAAAUGUUGUGUUUGUGACCUGAAUUCUAAAAGCUCAAUUCUAGAAGCUCGCAAUGGGAGAUUUGUGUGAUAUUCGUUAGGUUUCCCUUUUGUACUUUCUCUAAGUUGUACUACAAAACACUAUUGUAUCAUUUGUUCUGACA